CAAACACACAGCAAGAAGAUCAGCAGAACAGUCCCGACGCUCCGUUUCAUCUGCUUAAAAGCGACUUUUGGUGCUCGUGAGUGUUGAGGUGGAGACAUGCCGAUGAUAAAGAGAAACAUCGAACCGCGGCAUCUGUGCAGAGGAGCUUUACCUGAAAACAUCAGCAAUGAGCUGGAGUGUGUGAACAACAACACUCUCUCUGCAAUAAUACGCCAACUCAGCAGCCUCAGUAAACAUGCAGAGGACGUGUUCAGCGAGCUUUUUAAUGAAGCCAACACCUUCUACCUGCGAGCAAACUCUCUACAGGACCGCAUAGAUCGCCUUGCAAUCAAGGUCACCCAACUGGACUCUAAUGUGGAGGAAGUUUCACUCCAUGACAUUAACAUGUGUAAAGCGUUCAAGAGCUCUACUGUUCAGGACCAACAGGUGGUGACAAAGAGCAGCUUUCAACAGCCCAUGGCUGAGAUGUACAAUACCUGUGACAGACCACCACCCCUCAGCAUACUCUCUGCCUACAGGGAUGACCAUGUCGAUGGGAUGAAGUUCUACACAGAUCCCUCGUAUUUCUUUGACUUGUGGAAGGAAAAAAUGCUUCAGGACACAGAGGACAAGAGAAAGGAGAAGCGAAAACAGAGGGAGCAGAAGCGUUGUGUUGAUGGUACGCUGCCACGUGAGGUUAAAAAAGUGCGUAAAGCUCAUAACCGCAGACAGGAGUGGAAUGUGAUGGCGUUUGAUAAGGAGCUGCGCCCGGACCACCGUCAUCAUCAUCAUCAUCCACUACACAGGGGUCUAUCCUCUGAUUGUGUGCUGUCUAUGGAGGGCAGGCAGCACGGUCCAAACAUAUCUGACCAUCCAGUUCCAUCAUGUCACGCUGGGGCACGGGCCGGCCAGGCAAACACACUGGUGGACGCAUCAUCUGGCGCAAACGGAGGGAUGGAGCACGAGUACCACAGCAUCGGAGGACCUGUAGGAGUGGGUGUAGGUGCUGCUGUGGGUUACAGAGUAACACAUCCAAAUCCUCAACAAUAUCUGCCUCCCGAAGGUGGAGUCAAUGGAAACAUCACUCUCCCACCGGCGGAUUACAGUCUGAUGGAGUAUUACGCCAGUUCAGGGCCACUGUCUCCUUCUGUCGGUCCCAUCAUUCCAUCUCCACCUCCAGCAGGUCCAGCCCCUCUUCCUCCUGGACCAAUCGCCUCAUCCGCACGGUAUCCUCUUCCGCCUGUUCCGCCCCCAGGAUCAGUUUUAGCCCCUACUACUGAUGGUCCGCCUCCGGCUCCUCCUGUACCUUCACAUCCAAAAGCAUCUGUUGAAGGACUGAGACCAAACCUGCAGCCUGUUACAGACGUCCGCAGCGACCUGCUGUCCGCGAUACGAAUGGGUAUCCAGCUGAAGAAAGUUCAGGAACAGCAGAAACAUCAUGCAGAAAGAGAGCCGGUGGGGAACGACGUGGCCAUGAUUUUGUCUCGCCGCAUCGCCGUGGACUACAGCGACUCUGAAGACGACUCGGACAUCGAUGUGAACGACUGGUCUGACUGAUAACAUCAAACUGAACACACAAAGAACUCACUAGUGCAAACUGUGCAUAGCUGACUGAAAUGCUUUAUCAAUAGAAUUAAAGGGGCUUUGAAUAAACUAAAGGGCCAAACAUCUGUUUUGUGGGAAGCUAAUCUCUAAAAGAUCUUCAAAGGUACUUAACUGAAGUCUCCAAACCAAAAAUACAUUAUUCAAGAUGAUCGUUCAAGAGCUGCUGUCCUUUCUCCUUUAAUCCCUGAUAGCACUAUCAUUAUGUAAUAAUCUGUUCAAGUCAUUUAUAUUACCUUUAGUUUCAUCUAUUUUUGCCCUUCAUCUUGCCACAAGAAAAUGUGUUUUCGUAUUUCCUGAGCCCAAGAACCUUGUGGUGUUUGACUUUUUGUUAAAUUGUAGCUUCAGUCUAAUAAA